AGCCUCACCACUCACUGACUUAUUUUCUGUUGGAGGCUUAGCUGGUUUCGAUAUAGAAAACAACGUGCUCUCUCUCUCAUUAACUCAUAAAUUAUUUCUGCAAUUCCAUUCUUUCAUUUUUUAGGAAUUAUACUUGUCCCCUUCUAUAGUUCUAUUUUCUGUCCCCGUAUCUGUAUCAAGAAUUCAAUAGCACUUGCUUGACCCAUUUCUUCGAAUUGAGCCCGCUUUUCAUCAAUCGGGCAUCAAGCAAGUUCCUGGCACAACUCGGACAGCAUUGUUGUGUCUACCUCAUUGCUCAAGUCAAUCUGAAAGCUUAAUUGAUUAUAUUCAGAAUUCUCUGGAAUGAGAUUUUAAUAGUAUAAUUGCCAAAUUUGUAUAGGAGUUAGGUGUGCAGGUUAAGGAAGUGAAAUGUUUUUGGGUUGCGAACAAAGAACCACGAGGUUCAUGUUAAAGCAAGUUUUCCUAUUUUUUCUGCUCUCUCUAGUGUUCUUUGCAUGCAUUUCAGCAGAAUCUGAUAGUGAUAAUUCUGAAAGGUUAAGAUCGGCUCCUCAUAAAAAUGUGAGGAACAAUGUUAUAGAUGGCAGUGGUACAGAGAAUGCAGUUGAUUUUGAGGGUACAAGUGGUGGGAUGAAGGAGGGGAAGGGUGGUUAUAACAGAGUUUCGAUAUCUACAGUUGCAUUAUUUACAUUGGCCAUGGCUGCUGCCACUGGUUUAGGUGCUGUCCCAUUCUUUUUUGUGGAGCUAGACCCUCAGUGGGAAGGGUUGUGCGGUGGGAUGGCUGCUGGUGUGAUGUUGGCUGCUAGCUUUGACCUCAUACAGGAAGGGCAAAGCCAUGGUGCUGGCAGUUGGGUUGUGAUUGGGAUUUUAUCUGGUGGAAUUUUCAUUUUGCUGUGUAAGAAGUUUCUUGAACAAUAUGGGGAAGUAAGCAUGUUGGACAUUAGAGGUGCUGAUGCAACUAAAGUUGUUCUUGUUAUUGGAAUUAUGACUCUUCAUUCAUUUGGGGAGGGUUCUGGUGUUGGUGUCUCUUUUGCUGGCUCUAAAGGCUUUUCUCAAGGACUUUUGGUAACUUUGGCCAUAGCCGUGCACAACAUACCGGAGGGGUUGGCAGUGAGUAUGAUGCUUGCAUCAAAGGGUGUUUCUCCACAAAAUGCAAUGCUAUGGAGCGUAAUUACAUCCUUGCCUCAGCCCAUCGUAGCUGUUCCUGCUUUCAUGUGUGCUGGUGCAUUUAGCAAGUUCCUUCCUUUCUGCACGGGCUUUGCUGCUGGAUGUAUGAUCUGGAUGGUGGUUUCCGAGGUGCUUCCUGAUGCUUUCAAGGAAGCCUCUCCUCCUCAAGUGGCAUCAGCAGCUACAAUUUCUGUAGCAUUUAUGGAAGCUCUCAGCACUGCUUUUGAGAAUUUCAGCCAUGACUACAAUUCAGAGGAUGCUUCAGGCUUCUUUGUUUCAUUGCUUUUUGGUCUUGGGCCAUUGCUUGGUGGCUUCAUUCUUGUUGUAUUUGCUCUUGCAUUCCAUCUUCAGCAUGCCCUUCUCAUGGGUGCAGCAUCUGGCAUUGCCUUUAUCCUUUCCGCCUGGCGACCUCUCCAGCUACUCGUGUCUUCAAAGAUGGGGUUCUUCUCCCUCAUAUUUUUGCUUGCUCUGGGAGCAGCAUUUGUCCAUGUUUCAAGCUGUAGCAUUUUGAAACUUGCAGGUCGCAAAAAGGCAUCGGUGAAUAAUUUACCUACGGCAAAUGGCUUUUCAGUGAGUGUUCACACCCUCCAGUCAUUCUUGUCAUGCGGAGCAGUUGCCUUUCAUGCAUUGGCUGAGGGGCUGGCUUUAGGAGUGGCUGCACCAAAAGCUUAUGGACUUGGUCGGCACAUGGUCCUUCCUGUAUCUCUACAUGGACUCCCUCGGGGUGCAGCUGUUGCUAGUUGCAUCUUUGGGGCUACUGAUAGCUGGCAUAGUGCCCUAGCAGCAGCAACUUUAAUUGGAUUUGUGGGUCCAAUAUCUGCUAUAGGAGCGAUACUUGCAGGAAUUGACUACAGUGGUCUGGAUCAUGUAAUGGUCUUUGCAUGUGGUGGAUUGCUCCCUAGCUUUGGAAACAUAAUUAGAAGAGGAGUAAGGUUGGAUGCUCGGAAGGGGGGUUUUGGGCUAGCAAUUGGGGUGGGGUUUGCUAGUCUCUGUUUGAUGUGUACAAAGUUGGUUUGCUUGCACACACCUUACUGCAAUUCUGCUCCAGAGGCUGUGAGGUGAGGUGAGAUGAGAUGAUCUCCUGUGAUAAUCAGUUACAGAGGUGCAAUUCACAUGCUGCGAUUAGCAUGUCGGCGCCUAUGAUAUACACAAGCAUGCAUAGAUAACUUGUAGAGUAGAAUAUGCGGAAAAGAGGAGAUACAGAGGAAACAUCUGGUGGAGAAUGUAUUCUCCCUCGCAUUGUACAAUAAUUUCUUUUUCAUUUUUUUUCCUAUUUGAAUUAUCCUCCGAGAGGAGAUGAAUGUUUGUGGAAUUUGCUGAGUACAGUAGUCUGAGUUUGAGAGACCA